UGGCAGCAAUGCACCCUGAAGCUGGUCCCUCACCCACUAUAACCAGUAGAGAAGAAGCUACAGAAGCUCAGAGCUCUGCACUGGAAGCGGAGCUGCACUGACAAGCUGAAAGACCAUUUAAAAUCUUCUCCUGAUCUUAGUGUCAAUGUUCAAAAACGCAACAGAAUGAUGGAGGAAAAAGAGGACAUUAAAUGUAAGAAUUUGGAAUCUAUAUCUGUACUGACUCGAAACACAUCCUCUGGUUCUGUCUGCACAUCAACCACAACCGCUCUUCAACCACAAAUACAGAUGCUUUCAGGUAGAGGUGAGGAGCACUCUCACCACAGCGCAGGAGGUGAGGAGAGCAUGCUCCAUCACAGUCUUCUCAGUCUGCAGAAAGUUCACGCCAGAGGGAAGCGGCAUCGCUGCUCAGAAUGUGGAAACACUUUCAGCCGACGGAGUAAUCUGAAGUCACAUCAGCUAAUUCACUCGGACCAGAAGCCGUUCCAGUGUUCAGAGUGCAGUAAAGGAUUCAGUCGCAAGAGUCACCUCGACCUACAUUACUCCAGAGUUCACACUGAGGUAAAACCCCACCCGUGCGAAGAGUGCGGAAGGAGAUUUGGUGACCGAGGAGCUCUCAAAGCCCACCAACACGUUCAUACCGGCGAAAAGCCGUACCUCUGCUCGGACUGCGGGAAGAGUUUCGGUCAACUGGCUCUCCUUCGUCAACACCAGCUCAUCCACACGACAGUGAAGCCCUAUUACUGCUCCCAGUGCGGGAUGGGGUUUACCCGACUGAGUCAUCUCCAGAGACACCAGCUCAUCCACACAGGAGAGAAACCGUAUCACUGCCAAGACUGUGGGAGGAGUUUUAAUAACCAGGGAAAUUUCCAACAACACCAGCGCAUUCACACUGGAGAGAAACCAUAUCACUGCUCCGAGUGCGAGAAGAACUUCCGGCAUUUAGUGACUUUAAAGACACACAAGUGUGUUAAGAACAGUGGUGGAAGUGAGUCGCAACACAGUUGAAUUUGUUGGGAAGGUAUUGGAACAAGUUGGAACAGUAAUGGAGAAGUCUCAUACUUGCAUUUUCCACUGUCCAUAAUGCCAUUAGUAUGCCAUUAAUAUGGGCAACCCUGGAAGUCGAGGCAACAUGGCAGUUAAGGGGAAGUGUGGAAGUUGAGGGAACAUGGUAGUUAAGGAGAACUUUGGAGAUUGAGGAUAUAAAGCAGUUAAGGGGAAGUGUGGAAGUUGAACCAACAUGGCAUUUAAGGGGUGAACUGUGGAAGUCAAGGCAACAUGGCAGUUAUGAUGUGAACUGUAGAAGUCGAGGGAACAUGGAAGUUAAGGAGGAACUGUGGAAGUUGAGGCAACAUGGCAGUUAAGAGGGGAAGUGUGGAAGUUGAGGCAACAUGGCAGUUAAGAGGGGAAGUGUGGAAGUUGAGGCAACAUGACAGUUAAAGGGGGGGCUGUGGAGGUUGAGGCAACAUGACAGUUAAGGGGGGACUGUGGAAGUUGAGGCAACAUGGCAGUUAAGGGGAAGUGUGAAGAUCAAGGCAAUAAAGCAGUUAAGAGGGGAAAUGUGGAAGUCGAGGCAACAUGGCAGUUAAGAGACGAACUUGGGGAAUCAAGGCAACAUGGCAGUUAAGAGGGGAAGUGUGGAAGUCAAGGCAACAUGGAAGUUAAGAGGGGAAGUGUGGAAGUCAAGGCAACAUGGCAGUUAAGGGAGAACUGUGGAAGUCAAGGCAACAUGGAAGUUAAGAGGGGAAGUGUGGAAGUCAAGGCAACAUGGAAGUUAAGAGGGGAAGUGUGGAAGUCAAGGCAACAUGGCAGUUAAGGGGAACUUUGAUUGUUGUGUUACCUUAAAGUACAGCUUGGGAACACCUGCCUGUAUAAGUUGUGAGGUGUUAUCUUGGGUUUAUAAACUGUGCAACUUCGACUCUGGUUGUGCAGACCGACAACAAUGAAUAAAUCUGAAUUGAGUUAAGUCCAAGAAUCAGGUGGAACUGGAAAUAAUUGGUACUGAUUCAGUGAAAGAACAACUCUGGCUAAUCUUAUCCAGAUUUGUAUAUUAUCUUGUAAAUUGAGACUAUAUUGAGAAUAUACAAUAAAAGCUAGCCUGCCAAUAUCAGUUAAUAAUCAAUAAAUACGUAUAAAUAUAAUGUUCUUGAAUAUACGUUUAUGCUUGUGAUUCUGGCUGCUGUAAGUAGAUCACAUUUCAUAUCUAUGGUAGUCCAGUAUGUAUGACAAACAUUUAGGGUCAGUUUCCUCAACAAGGAUUAAACCUAGGCAUAGACUUUAUUUUCCUUUGGAUGAAAAAACUCCUUUCAAAAUGCUGUGCAGUCCAAGACUAGGCUCACUCCCUGUCUGAGAAACUGCCUGAUCCUGAUUAAAGUUAUUCCUUAAUUUUUCUUUUGUUAACAGUUUUUCCUGAACUCUUGUUUGUAUGUUUGUUUGUGUUAUUUUGAAAGAAAGUGCCUAUUUAACCUGUAUUUGAUUUUUACUUUUAUGGAUAUAUGCAUUUUUCUUCCGAUAUUAAAAUGGACACUCCUAAUAAAGUGAAAGACAACGGAA